AUGACGGAUCUUUUAAGUCAUGGAUCCGUCUGGCUGAGGAGAAUUGACUUUGUCUUUGAGUAUCCCAUGCCUGUCAUGCCCAACAUGGUUUUCAUUGGAGGCAUCCACUGUAAGCCAUUAGCUCAGGCUACAACCUGCAGAAGUCUCUUCCACAGCCACUACUGUGACCACAGCAACAUGGCUUUGAGGCUUUGCUGUGCCUGGAUUUCCAUCCUCCUCCUCCUGCCCGGCCUCUCACAUGGAGGGAAGCUCCUGGUGGUGCCCAUGGUGGGAAGCCACUGGCUGAGCAUGCAGGAGGUGGUGGAGGAGCUGAGCCGGAGAGGACACGAGGUGGUGGUGCUGGUUCCCGAGGUGAGCUGGCAGAUGGAGACGACGCAGGCCUACAAGGUGGUCACGUACCCGGUGAGGCAGACCCUGGAAGAGCUGGAUAAUGCUUUCCGAGAAUACGUUGCCGUGCAUCUGACGGAGAAGCCUUUCCCCCUCAAUGCCCUGGCAAUGUACAAAGCUUCAGUGCACGUUUUCAGCACCUUCCUUGGUCAGUGCACGGACCUGUUCCAGAGCCAGGAGACCCUGAGGUUCCUCAACCAAAGCCACUUUGAUGCCGUCCUGACAGAUCCGUUCUUCAUGUGUGGGGCCAUUCUUGCCCACCACCUCUCCCUUCCCUUUGUGUUCUUCAUGAGGGGAUUGCCUUGCAACCUGCACUUUUCAGCCCCACAGAGCCCGAGCCCUCUGUCCUAUGUCCCAAGAACCUUCAGCUUCAACUCAGACCGCAUGACUUUUUUCCAGCGGGUGGAAAAUGCCCUGAUUUCCCUCCUGGAGCUUGACUACUGCAACGGUCUCUAUGCAGAAGCACUUAAGCUUUCCUCAGAAAUUCUUCAGAGGGAUGUGUCUCUCACAGACCUCGUGAACUCCGCAGCUGUUUCGAUCCUGAGGUUUGACUUUGUGUUCGAGUAUGUCAGGCCGGUGAUGCCCAACAUGGUCUUUAUUGGAGGGAUCAACUGUGCUAAGAAGAAACCACUGCCUAAGGAGCGAGCAAGAGAGCGAGCGAGUACCAGCAACUCCCCCCCACCCUCCUUUACCUGCUUCUAA